AUGUGGCCCGGUUGGCGGCCACUGAGGCCAUACAAUGUCUCCCUCUACAACCAGAAACCCUCUUGUCUCAGGCUCGUCUGCGCCUUCAACCAAACCCGUCUCCUCUUCAACACUCCUCGUCGUCCCCAAGGAGCCGCAGCGGCAGCAGCAGCAUCCCCACAACAACAACCGCCGCCACCGCCGCCGCCACAGCCCCAAGAGCCCAGCCAGAAAGUCCUCGAGGAGCAAUCCAAACCCGUCCAAGCCAUUCCUUAUGGCAAUCUCACCAUCGGCGUGCCCCUCGAAGUCCGCACCGGCGAGAGACGAGUGGCCAUCACGCCCCAGAAUGCGAAGUUGUUAUUGAAGAAAGGCUUCAAAGAAGUCCUCAUCGAGCACGGCGCAGGCUUCCAAGCCCAGUUCCCAGCGCACGAAUAUGAAGAAGCCGGCGCGACUCUCGUCAACGCCUCGCGGGUCUGGUAUGACAGCGAUAUUGUGCUCAAAGUCCGGCCGCCUCGGUUGCGAAGCACAACUCUUUCGCCGAAUAAUUUCCUUCAGGGGUUCCGAGAGGGAGGCGUGUUAAUUUCCAUCUUACAGCCGAAUCUAGAUCGGAAUAAGAAGUUGCUUGAUGCGAUGGUGAAGAAGAAGGUGACUUCCUUUGCCAUGGAUCAGAUUCCUCGGAUCACCCGCGCGCAGAGCUUCGAUGUGUUGAGCUCGAUGGCGAAUAUCGCUGGGUACAAGGCUGUCCUGGAGGCGAGUAACCAUUUCGGACGAUACUUGACUGGACAAACAACAGCAGCCGGAAAGGUGCCCCCCUGCAAAGUCCUCGUAAUCGGCGCCGGCGUCGCGGGUCUCAGUGCCAUAGCCACAGCCCGUCGAAUGGGAGCGAUCGUCCGCGGCUUCGACACACGCUCCGCAGCGCGAGAGCAAGUCCAGAGUCUCGGCGCAGAGUUCAUCGAAGUCGAGAUGAAAGAAGAAGGCUCCGGAGGCGGAGGGUAUGCCAAGGUCAUGUCUAAGGAGUUCAUCGAGGCGGAGAUGAAGCUGUUCAUGGAGCAGGCACGGGAGGUCGAUAUCAUUAUUACGACGGCCUUGAUUCCUGGGAAGCCGGCGCCGACGUUGAUUACGGAGGAUAUGGUUGCUGCUAUGAAGCCUGGGAGUGUGAUUGUGGAUUUGGCGGCGGAGAAUGGGGGAAAUUGUGAGGUUACGGUUCCUGGUGAACUGGUUUCGCAUGGUGGUGUCACUGUUAUUGGCUAUACGGACCUCCCUUCGCGCCUACCGACGCAGGCGUCCACGUUGUACUCGAACAACAUCACGAAGUUCCUCCUAUCCAUGUCGCCGAAGGACGGCCACUUUGGGAUCGAUCUGAACGACGAGGUGGUCAGGAGAUCGAUCGUCACGCACGACGGCGAGCUCGUUCCAACACUACCCCCAGUGGCGCCUCCUCCUGCCCCAGCGGCCAAAGCGACCGAGUCGAAAGAGACCGAAGUCGUAGCGUUAACCCCUUGGCAAAAAGCUACUCGAGAAGUCGCUCUAGUCACCGGCGGCAUGGGCACAGCCUUAGCCCUGGGGAAAAUGACCGGCCCACUCUUCAUGACCAACUUCUUCACCUUCUCCCUCGCCGGUCUAAUCGGAUAUCGAGUCGUCUGGGGCGUGGCUCCAGCCCUGCACUCCCCCUUGAUGUCCGUCACGAACGCCAUCUCCGGCAUGGUCGGCAUAGGAGGGUUCUUCAUCAUGGGAGGCGGAUACCUACCUCAGACGAUCCCUCAAUAUCUCGGUGCUGCGUCUGUCCUGCUGGCGUUCGUGAAUGUGUCGGGUGGGUUUGUGAUUACGAAGAGGAUGCUGGAUAUGUUCAGACGGCCGACGGAUCCCCCUGAGUAUCCUUGGUUGUACGCUAUUCCGGGCGUGCUCUUUGGUGGUGGGUUCAUUGCUGCCACGACGACAGGCAUGGCUGGGCUUGUGCAAGCUGGGUAUCUUGUCAGCAGUGUGCUUUGCAUUGGGUCAUUGACGGGCCUAGCAUCGCAGACGACGGCCAGGACAGGUAACCUCAUGGGUAUUCUCGGUGUCGGAUCCGGUGUUCUGGCAUCCCUCGGAGCAGUUGGUUUCCCUACUGAGACGCUCAUCCAAUGCCUCAGCAUCGCAGGCCUAGGCAGUCUAAUCGGCGCCCUCAUCGGUCGAAGAAUCACACCCACCGGCCUCCCCCAAACCGUCGCAGCCCUCCAUUCCGUCGUCGGCCUCGCCGCAGUCCUCACCAGUAUCGGCUCCGUCCUAGCAGCCAUCUCCCACGUCGACACCCUGCACCUCGUAACCGGCUACCUCGGCGUCCUAAUCGGCGGCGUGACCUUCACAGGCUCCAUCGUAGCCUUCCUCAAACUGGCGGGCAGAAUGUCCUCGCGACCAACAAUCCUCCCAGGAAGACAUCUCAUCAACGGCGGGAUGCUGACAGCCAACGUCGCCACAAUGGGCGCCUUCCUCGCCUACGCCCCCGGAGCCCCAGCCAUCGCCGCAACAUGUCUAGGCGUCAACGCUGCCCUCUCCUUCGCGAAAGGCUUCACCACCACCUCCGCCAUCGGCGGUGCCGACAUGCCCGUCGUCAUAACCGUCCUAAACGCCUACUCCGGCUUCGCCCUCGUCGCCGAAGGCCUGAUGCUCAACUCCCCCAUCCUCACAACCGUCGGCUCGCUUAUCGGCGUCUCCGGCUCCAUCCUCUCCUACAUAAUGUGCGUCGCGAUGAACCGGUCCCUCACCAACGUCCUCUUCGGCGGCAUCGCCACCCCUUCCCAAACCGGCCCCCAAAAAGAAAUCACAGGCGAAAUCACCCAGACCUCCGUCGAGGACACCGUCGAGAACCUGCGCAGCGCGCAGAAGGUCGUGAUUGUGGUGGGGUAUGGCAUGGCGGUCGCGAAGGCGCAGUAUCCCAUUGCGGAGAUUGUGUCUACGUUGAGGGCGAUGGGCGUGGAGGUGAAAUUCGCUAUUCAUCCCGUCGCGGGACGUAUGCCGGGGCAGUGCAAUGUGUUGUUGGCGGAGGCGAGUGUGCCGUACGAUAUCGUGCUUGAGAUGGAUGAGAUUAAUGAGGAGGGAUUCGAUGAUGUCGACCUCACGCUCGUCAUUGGCGCGAACGAUACUGUGAAUCCUAUCGCGUUGGAGAAGGAUAGCCCCAUCGCCGGCAUGCCCAUCAUCGAAGCCUACAAGAGCAAGCAAGUCAUCGUCAUGAAGCGCGGAAUGGGCUCGGGGUAUGCAGAUUUGCCCAACACGAUGUUCUAUCAGCCGAAUACGAAGAUGUUGUUUGGGGACGCCAAGUCGACAUGUGAUGCCAUCAAGUCGGCGCUAGAUGCGGCGAAGUGA